UUUCUCUGCCAUGAAUUCAUUGAAUAGAUAAUUUUUCGUUGGAUUGGUGGAUACAUACAGGCGAAAAUUUUCACUUGCAAACAGUUUAGGUGGAGAUUUUGUUAGCUGCAGUGCGUGUGUGUGAUAAUCUUUUGAAAAAUUGCAAAUUUAUUCAAAAAAUUAACAAAUUUCGAGAAUGCCAACUGCUUUGGGAGCGGCUUUGGCGAUGGGAAGGAUUUGCCUGAUAUAAUGUCUGAUACCUUCAAAAAUCAGCUUGUCAAUAUGGGCACUCGCGCGGCUGCUUUCCAAGCAAAACUGCGAUGUCUACAUGAUUCGCAUGUACGCCUGCUACAAAAUACCCAACCCACGCCCUCUGGCGUCGAUAUUGCUAACAAUAUCAAAUACUUUUCACAAACCUUACUAACUGUCCUUAAAGAUGUACGCACCUCACCACAUGAACUUAUACGCGACCCCUCCGAGGAUCCCACACGAAUGUCAGCCUACCCAAAUCUUGAAUAUGGUAACCUAUAUAAUGCCCUAACAAUGCUUAUUGAUGUGGCACCGUGCAUACAAUAUGGACAAAUCGUGUUUGGAAAGGCCCUGUUGCAGUGCCUUUGCUGCAUACUACCUUUCCUGGAUAAGGAUUUAAUUGAUAAUUUACCCUAUCUGGUCAGCUCUACUAUGUCUGUACUACCACCAGCUCUACAUCAAGAUAUUGUCAAUGCACUAUGCUAUUAUAUUCUACCAUUUACUAUAACCCGUCGCAGCGCAGAUGAGCAAGAAUGUCAAGCAUGUCAGGCAGUCUCUUCGGUCAUUAUGAUGGUUCUUCAAUAUUCUCAUAAUCCCGCACAUCACUGUCAACUACUAGAAUGCCUAAUGACACUUAAACAUAACGUUGUCAAGGAUAUACUUUGCGUCAUCGCUUACGGCACCUCUAUGUCGCGCUCCUCUGCAGCUAAACUACUAUUUUAUUAUUGGCCCGCCUUCGACCCAAAUCUAUUUGAUCGAAAAGUUUUGUUAUCGAAAUUAACAAACGAUAUGGUGCCCUUUGUGUGUCAAUGUGAACAAUGCCCUAACGCUGGCAAUGCAGAAGCGGCUAAAGUUUGCUUUGAUCACAGCAUCAGCAUUAGCUACGCACCCGACUGUCCACCUCCUCUAUAUCUUUGCAUUGAAUGUGCCAAUGAAAUACAUCGGAAACAUGCUAACCUCGAGUUCGGCGACAUUCUCCAUCCUAUGCAGCAAGUGUCUAUGGUAUGUGAGAAUAAGAAUUGCCGCUCCACCGACAAAGCAGCCUUCUCGAUAUGUUUCUCCACCGAGUGUGCGAGCUAUAAUGGAAACCACCCGAUUCGUUACUGCUCGCAAUGUCACAGCAAUCGACAUAAUUCGCGACGCGGUGGCGAUCAUGUGGUGCAUCGUAGUCUUCAAAUCAUCUGGCAGAUGGAUCCCGAGAUUCAGAUGCAUAUGGUGGAGUCCGUGAUUAGUUUGUUGCGCGAGGCUAAGCCGCUCAAUUUCGAACCUGGCAAAGACGGUACGGAUCCGAAGAAGAACGGUGGCAAUGGCACACCAGACACCAUUUCGCUAGAAGAGCGCCAAAUGUUGGGACGUUAUGGCAUCUGGUUGCUGGUAGGCCGUUGUACGCCGACACCUGAAAUGCCAGUCGAGGUGUUGGGGCGCAUUUUGAGUAUGUUGUUCCAUUGGUUCCAUGUAACGGCAUGCUCCUAUGAUGUAGCUGGUCUAAUCGAGAGCACCAUAGAGAAGCUUAAGGUGGAGCAUGUCUGCAAUUGGUUAAAAGAAAUUUGUCGUAUACAUUAUAAUGUAUUCAUUUCAUGUUUGCUACCCCAUCCACCGGAGUAUGCGCGUGUUGGUGGACACUGGGAGACACUAGCCUCGCGUACUAGUCAUCUUAAGGAAGGUCUACAGCGUCUUAUUUGCUUAGUUCCUUACGAGGUCAUUACAUCUGAAAUUUGGGACUAUGUUAUGCCGCAUUGGAUGGAGGCUAUCACCAACGAUGUCGGCGAAAAGGAGUUGAAUGAAUUAAAAAUAGUACUCAGCAAAAUAUUAGAUCCAGAAAUGUCGCCACUAGGCUUCGACGCGAAAAUUAUGUACAACUUUGUCGCCAUACGUUUCGAGAAGACAACAGCAAAAGUACAACAGCAAGCUCUACAUUGGCUACAAAUCCUUACCAAGCUAGGCAUACUCAUACCACUGGUGCAGUUGUUUGCCAUGUUCGGCGAUGGUGUGCGCAUCAUGAAAUAUGGCGUACAACAUGAGCUGAUGCGCGAGAAAGAAGGGCAGACGAAAAGUCCGAAAACUCCACUGAAAGAAACUAAGAACGAGUUGGGAAAUCCACCACGUCGAAGCUCAAUUUCUCCUGUUGUCGAGGACGAUUCCGGCAAUACAUCUGCCAUUUCGGACGAUGAAGCACCUACAAAUCGGCAUACUGAAUUCUCUACGGAUGCCGAACACAACCUCACCUGUUGCAUUCUCAUGCUAGAUAUAUUAUUGAAGCAAAUGGAGCUGCAGGAUGUGGAACAGCAUAUGGGUAUACACACGAGUGUUUGUGAGAAUGUGUCGCGUUUGAUUAAGUGCAUGGUCACAGCCGCACGUGUAGGCUUGAGUAGUCAUGUUUGCUCAUUAAAGGUCGCCGAAUGUGCUUACUGUGAGGCCUCCAUUAUGUGGCAUCAACUAGCCACCAAAUUGGUGCAAUUUAUGGCACCACUCAAUCCAGUACGUCCCCCAGAUAUUCCAAUUGAGGAUAUCAUCGAAGAAGAAAAAUCAUCACGUAAAAGUCCACCCGAAAGUGACAAGGAGAAGUCACGUGAGCGUGACGUAUCACUAUCAAUGGCGCCAUUACCCAUACCACUGGGUCCAUUAGGCGGUUUUGCAGACAUCUUAAAGCUAGAUCAAUUCUUUUCAGACGAUGGGAAAAUUAUAAUUAUGGCAGGACCGGUGCCAGUAGCAGUACCACAGCCGGAACCACACUCUGUAGGCGGUGUACUCGUGCAUAUGCCACACGUUUGUUCCAAUAACGAUAAUGGGCAUUCAGUUGAUAGUAUUGAAUUGAGAAAAGUUCACGCCACAGACGAGAUUAUGACCGCCACGGUGGAAACAGUCUCCGAACAAUUGGAUUUAGCUUCUAUUCUACCAUCAGAUAGAGCUAUUGCACGCUCUAUAACGCUCUCCGAUGCGGAUGUUGGUAGCGCCAACGCGAGUGUAACUAAAGCGUCAGUUAUAGGAGAAAAUGGCGGCGCAAAUGGUAGCACUGGUGGUGGUGCAGGUGAAAAUGACAGCGUAUCAGAUGACGAGAGCGACGAGGAAGAUGGCGAAGAUUUCUGGCAUACUUCGGUUGGAAAAUUCAAAUUUACAUUGGAUCAAUUGCCACAAACUCUGCAAUACAUACAUCAACUGUUGACGGAAAUCCCUACUAUAAAGAAACCCGAAAUUCUAUAUUACGUUCUGCAGUGCCUCAAUGUAAUGGCACUCCAUGGCGAUGCUCUAGCUAAGGCCGCACGUGAACAUCGUGGCUUUUUCAUAUGGUGUCAGGAAAAUCUUCUUAUUAAGAACCUCUGGGGUCUUUGCAAUGCCGAGCAUUCACACAUCUGUCAGGCUACCGUGCCACUUCUGCUACACUGCAUAACUCUCCCGUUGGGCUCUGACGUAUUUUGGCGCGUCGUACAGGAGGCCUUUCAUGACAACGAUUGGCGUGUACGAUUCACAGCAGUAGAGCGAGUUACCGUAAUUACUCGUUUCAUGGACUCGACACCAUUGCGCACCGAAGUCGGACUACAGACGGCGCUCGCUACGGCAUUUUGUCAUCUGAUCGCCAGCAUGGACGAUAUCAAUGUGUAUGUGGCGCAGCGGGCGACGCUCUAUAUUGGCACCAUACAUGACACGGCAAUUCGGUCACUCCUCUUUUGCUUAGAAUCGCAAUUUGAUUUAUUCAUAGUAGACCGUCCCGUCGUCUUACAGUCUGUCUAUCAGCUACACAAUUCUCUAUCGGAUCGAAAAAUUCUCACUUGGGAAUUCUUUUUAAAUCGCUUCGAUACACUUUUCGUGGAAGCGCAAAUUAAUUUGGAAAAAUGUGGUGAUAUUUCAUAUCUGCGAGACUUACGAAAUUCGGAAAAUGGCAGCGAGGCGCUAUCGUCUAAGAUAUUAAAAGCGCGUGAGGCAUUGAGUCAAUCGGAUACCAGUGGUAGCAUGGCUAAAACGUUGAGCGCGUCAUUUGGUACUAAGUGGCCAUAUAAGCGCACAAUGUCAGCCCCUGCAAGCAUGAUACCUCGACAAGACUCCAAAUUUAUGCCUGAAAAGGAGAAAAUUUACAGCCGCCAAAUAUCAGCACCCAUACUAAAGAGGAAGACGUCACGUUUCGGUUUGGGUCAGUUUUUAGGCUCUAGUGGCAACCAAGCUAAUGUUUCUAGUCAUAGUUAUGCAACCACCAAUCAUCCACCCACACAGCACGCGCGUGCAGUUCACACCCACUCCCAUCCAUAUUCUCAUUCACAUACCGCCCAACUGACGACAUCCUCAAAACAUCAUUCUAUCCCUUCUGCUUCUACACAACCAUGUCCCAUACAUAAUCCCACCACAUCCACUUCCCAUAGUAAUUUCUUCUUUUCCUCCAAUUCACCUUCUACAUCGAUCAACACUUUUGCAGCGCAUUUUGCGCAAUUUACUGGUAGUAGUGCACAUCCAUCAGUAACACAACCACAAUCUGUAGCUGCAGUAUCUGCGUUAGCAUCCUCAGCAUCACAUAGUCAAAGUCAUCAGUAUUUAGUGCAAUGUGUAGCGCCCACACCUAGCCAAACGUUCACAGCACACAGCCCAUUGCCGACGCUGCGUGAAGCAGAGCCGCCGCAAGCAAGCGCGCAAAUUUUGUCCACUCAAAAAGCAUCGCUCCCACCACACCAGCCAUCCCACACUUCCUUUCACUCACACUUUCAGAAGCAUCCUUCCGCACCGAAUCUGUUGCCACCGCCAUCGGCAACUACGGUGUUAAGCCCUAGCCCCACAACUACAUCCAAUCCUGUACUGCAUUGUACUUGUGGUGGUGCUGGUGGUGGUGCUGCAAGUGGUUUUGGUGCCAGUGGUAGUGGUGGUGGUGCCGCCAUAUAUGCGCCUACUUCGGCUUACCAAGAUGGACAUAUUCAUUCUCUCGGCGGCAUUAAUGAUGACAACCUUAUUGGACUGUUGAGUCGUAUCACUGAGCUGGAGGAGUCCGACCGCGAAACAAUACAUUUGCUCGUCUUUUUACUAAUGCAAUUCAUGUCGCGCACCGAUCAGGCAUUUCCCUCUGAAGACAAACCGGUAUCCAAGACACAAAAUAUUGUGCUGAAGCAUUUAUUUCUGCUUUUGGGUCACAAUCAAAUUGACAAAACCUUCCACACACCACCGGAGAAUCUGCGCACCUCGGCGGUCUUCAAUGCAUUUCUGGCAAAUCUGCCACAAGUGCUGGAUCAAAAUCAUUUAAUCGGCGGUCUUAUUUUGCCCUCAAUCAUGCAGAUUAUAUUGUACGCACCCAACCCCAGUAAUACGGCAGCCGAUUGUUAUCAAAAUUUGGUGUUCAACUACUCGCUGUGGUAUUUGGAACAAUAUCCUCGUCGAAAUUGGAUGUUAACUAUACUAGUAGUUCUCUAUAAGUACUCGUAUACUCAACCACCCUACAGCGCAUAUGUAAUAUCUGCAAUGCGUAUGGUCAUGAAUAGUCUCCGCAAUCAUUUUCAUCAAUGCCGUCGCAUACCGACCACUACUAUUUUGGAUAUACAGGGAACUUCGCGUUCACGCGAUGUUAGUCAACCAUCAUUGGGUACAGAUCCCGAUGAGAAGGAUCCCAGUCCUCCGGCUAGUCCAAUGUUUCCUUCAGAAGGUACAAGUGCCGCCUCAAAGAGCAAAGGUCAAAAUGUUGCAUUUACGCCAAAGCUGCAGCAUGCAUUCCGUAAAUACAAUGACUCUAGCUUGGAAGCAGACGAAACGGAAUCUGAGCUGGUUGCGAUACCAGAAAGUGAUUUGUCAGACAGCACCUUACAUGGCAGCAGUGCACCGGGUUCGUUUGACGAUACUAUACACUUUGAGGAAACAUCAUUGACGAAGGGCGAUAUGCAGCGAGCGCGUGCAGUACGUGGCAUGGAAUAUGAAGAUAAAACUGCGAAGCCGCACCACAAGUCGAUGAUUACGACCAAAACUGGCGACACCUACACAACAAAAAUUAGAGCAACUGGCGCACAGGAAGCAGUCAGUACUACGGUCAUCACAACGCAUGCACGUCAUAGUCUCCAAGAAGGUGUUCGUAUGAUCGUAACACCGCUUGUGAGCACCGAUACUGCAGCAGAGUCUGCGAUUGUCAGCCCACCUAUUGACGUACAUCGUGCUGUUACCGUACGUAAUAAGUCGUUGGAAAAUGCUGCAGCAUCUACAUCAAAAAUGUUUGCCGCAAUCGCUACCAAUCAUCUGAAGGCUUUAGGUGCACUUCAAGAUGUACAAACUAAGUCUAGCGAGAGUCACUCUAAAUCUGUGACUGCUAGCAACAACAGCAGGUCAACCAACAGUAGUGCUGACAGUUCGGACAAGCGACAGCAGCAGCAACAACAACAACAACAACAACAACAAAUUACAUUUCAUCAAAUACAAAAUCAGCAGCAAGUACAACAACAACAGCAGCAGUCGCAACACCAGCAAGCUCUGUCGAAAAAACCCAUUGGCAGACACAAGACCAUCAUCGAAUGCAGCGCUGGUACCUCAUCAUCUUCCACCGGUACGGAUGAUUCACGACUAAGCGCUAAUCAUAAAAAACCAGCCGGCAAGUCUCUAAAGCGUUCCGACAAAGCAUACGGCUCACCUGAUUCACCACUCUCCAAAAUGAGUGUCAUGCCCAACCCCGUCGAUGAAGUAGACACCACCAAGAUACCAACUCUGAAGAAUAUAGCGACACUAGAAAUACCUACACCAGAACGAUUACUACCGAUUGGCACACACGAGUCUGUUGGAGGGAUAGUCGAUCGAUUGCGGGACGGUCUGAACUUACCGGAUAUAAGUCAUCUGAAGCAGGAUAGUCUCGAUGUAUCGGAUAGCACCAAAGACGACAUAACGCCCAGUAGUCGCACCACAUCGCCACGUCGUCUCAUCAAGCAAGUCGCACUUGAAUCACCACCGAAUGCAAGCGCUGCUGGACAACAGGACUUGCAUUCUUCUAUAUUGAAAAGUGUUAUGCAGGAGGUAAAAACAACCACUAGUGCUACUGCCACUGCAAGUAUAAGUGGCAUACAAACGGCAACAAGGCCAGAGGCUCCCAAACGUCCACGUCAGAAAUUGGCACCCUUCAAUGUCGAUACUAAUGCUAUGCCCGAUAUACGAUCUCGUUUUGCAGGUGCAUGGCCACCUCCACCAUAUCAGCCGCCCGAAGAACUGGACGUCGAUAUAGAUGAUGGCAUUGAGAAUGGCAAUGGGCAUAGCGGUGCGACAGCACAACCGAAUCGUGUGAGUACUCGCCGUGUAGGAGAUUAUACGAUUUGUGAUCGAUGCACUGAUUGUGGCGCCUUAAUUGAGGAAUACACGGAUGAAGAUAUUGGACUUUUAAUAGUCAUAUUAGGAACUUUCAUACACCGUGAGCCAGCGAUGGCAGCGCCAUUUUUACCGGAAAUUCUUACCAUUGCUUCAAAAACUUGUUUGACCUCGACGCACUCCUGGCAGGGUGAGAAUGGACCAGCUUUGGUGUGCAGUGCACAAGCUGUGUCAUUACAAUUCAUUCGCUGCGUGCUGCAUCAAUUAGCGCCCAAUGGCAUCUUUGUGCAAAUCUUCCAAACGCAAGUAAAGAUGAAGGUGCGCCAAAACUCUUUUCGCAGUAUUGCACGCGCUCUCCAGGACUUUCAAGAACUAAACGCAACACAUCCCAUUUAUAUGGUUUGCGAAUCAUUGCAAUCGAAGAAAUCAUUACCAAUUGAACAGCUGCCAGUGAUCUUUCGAAACAUGGCCGAGUACCUACAUUGCGUACCGACGGAAUUGACUACUGGUCCGGGCGUGUGGCAACAGGCUAUGCAAGCCAUGGAGUCCUUGCUGCGGCAAGUUAUUGUCCUUCUACCAAAUCUUGGCAAUCCUGAACAUUUACUUGAUAUAAUGGUAGCUACUUUGAAGCUUAACAUUGUGCAAAAACCCCUACUUGAUCCCUACUCGAAAAUAAUUGGAUUUUGUGUGCAGAAUACAAACUUAGAGUACAACUCAUUGUAUGAACUGUGCACUCUCAACAUGCGUUCUUUCUCGAAGGAUCGCGACAAGAUGCUGCUAUGUCGGCAAUUAAUUUUCGAAUUUGUCCAGGCGUUGAAAUUUAAAACUAAUAUUCCCGAUAACAAUUUGUUAAUGAUCAUUGGGUUUGUAUUGCAUGAUGCUGGCGGUACCCUACCGCCCGGAACCAUAGCUGGGUUGCCGGAGAUCGCGCCACCGUUGACCACCAAUGCUGCAGAUUGUAUGCGACAGUAUGUCAAUGACGUAAUUGACUUUCUAGCAGACUUUCAUACACUGAGUAAAAUCAAAAAUUUUAAAAAUGGACAGGUUCAAAAUGGUUUGGGAGAGGAUACUCUAGGUGGCAUAUUAAAGGGAGCUGUGGCUCAAUAUCUGGCUUUAGAAAUGUCACGCGGUAAUACGCGUGACAAUAAGAGCAGCUCACGUUAUUUACCCUGGCUCAAUAAUGCACCUUCAUCACUGCAGCAAGGCCCUAAGGAAUUCACUGAAUGUGUUGGUCAUAUGCGUUUACUCUCCUGGCUAUUGCUUGGCUCACUUACACACCUCGCUCUAACGCAACGGCGGAGCGAACGUUUUGCCGUUCCCAUACCGCCGCAGCAAGUACCAACAACCGUACCACCGGCGGCAGUACAUUAUCAACAUCAUCAUCAGCACCCAAGCGGCAUGGCACCGUUUGCUAUGCCCGUCUCACAGGAGUCGUCGUGUCACAUUGCCGAUCACAUACAAGUAAUUUUCGCUGGUUUCGCAGAGCAAUCGAAGACAUCAGUUAUGCACAUGUCCUCGCUCUUCCAUGCCUUCACUUUGUGUCAGUUAUGGACAGUGUAUUUGGAACAUGUCGCUCGCUCAUCUAGCAAUGCUGAGGGCAAUACCAUGGGUGUGCUUUUCGAAUUUUGGGCAAAAGUAACGCCAUGCAUACUGCAAUUGGUAUCGCAUGCUCGUCCACAAAAAGAGAGUCCUGGUGGUGUGAUUGGUGCUGGAGGUGUUGCUGAUUUUUCACAGAAUCCAAGUGCGAAGAGUCCCAAUGCCAAGCUCUCUGAAAUGGUGAAUCUUCACUUUCUUAGCCUUCUUGAAGCACUAAAAGAGACGAAUUCUACAAUAUUAGGCAAACUCUUACCACUAUGGAGUCCAGUAUUGUCAUCUCAGACGCAGUUAUCCGAUACUCUACAUGUACGUUUGCAAAAUGUACGGGACUAUGCGCCUGAUUAUGAGGAACAACAAACACAUCCUUCGGACGCAUUGCUUAAAUGGCUACAGAGGUUACAAUUCAAAAUGGGCCAAAUAGAAUUGCAAGCCUCAACAGCAACACAAUUUUAUUCAAUUUAAAAUAUAUACGUUAUAUUGGAAAU